GUUUAAUCUACCACUUUAUUAAAUUAUUCUUCCACUUGGCAAAGUAUCGAAUAGUCAAUUAUUGCCAUUUUUAACUGUUUUAGAUUAGAAACAGAAUCAUCUAGACAAAGAUGGAUUUCUUUGAGAACUUUCCCACAGAGCUGAGAGAAAAGAUUCUGAUCAAUCUGAAGGUUGAUGAUUUGUUGCGCUGCUCACUGGUUUCGAAGAUGUGGAGGUCGCGGGUCAACAGCGAUUUAGUAUGGCGACGCCACUGCCGUCGUAAACUCUUCACCGUCAGCACUAUGGAGAAGUACAAAGAAGCUUUGUUUUAUAAAUACAAUUACAAUCCUGACUCGACGAGACUGGAGCCACUGUGCCUGUGGCGGCUGGUGUACUCAGUGAACAGAGCACUGAUGCAGCGGUGGCAGGACGGCCAGUGGAAGCGGACGGUGUUCAAGAAGACUCCGGACGUCUACUGUUUGGACUGCGACGAGGAGCACCUCACCUCUGGCCACGAGGACGGCAGCAUCUUUGUCUGGUACUUGUCGGUCCACCUUUUAAGAUUGACUGAGGAAGAAAAUAACCUGAAAGCCGUGCAAUGCCUCUUGAAGGGUUCUCCCGUCACAAAUAUAAAGAUAAGUGAUGAAUACAUCCUGGCGCUGCAGAAACAACUGCUCCAGAUCUACAAAAUGGAAGCUGAUGCUCUUAGGCUUGUUGGGGCCUGGAGCUAUGAACUUGGAGAGGGUAAUAUGGACCUCUUACAACAAGCCAAACUUCUUGGAACGAAAUUCGACCUCUGGUAUAAAGAAUGCCUAAGAAAUUACGAUGUUUAUCCGAUGAGAAAGUUAAAAUUCUUAGCACACAAGAACAUGUGCUUUGCUAGUGUUGGAGGUUCGACAGCAGUUGAUAUCUGGACGAUGGGCGGGACCCCGAAGGCAUAUCUUACUGGCUUCAUCAACAUCAGGAGUAUCGUCGAGAACUGUGGCGAUGUAUACGUAAUAAGUGGAAACAGUCCAACUGUUGUCAACAGGUAUUGCUGGAUUAAAAACGAGGCGGAAAAAGUAAUAUCGGUGAUUGGCUUCAAGAGGAUAGUCUUCGGAGGCGAGUACAUCCUGGCGAUCCCCCACCCCUCCGACGUGAAGAUGACCAUGCUUUGGGUGUGGAACAUGUCGUAUCGCCUCGUCCGAUCGAAGGUGCUGUCAUCGGCUAUAGUGAGCGCGGUGGCGACCAGCGUCGUGGUCUAUAGCGAGAACUCCAUAAUUACAGUUUGGAACCCAAAGACAGACGUUGUACUGAGAACAUUUUCGGUAGGAGCUUCAGUUGGCUUCAUGAGGCAUGCUCAUUCUACAAUUUUAGUUCUUUUUGUGAAUGCUUCAUUGGAUGCCUGGGAUUUUCUGAAAGGAAAACGUCUGGGCAGGUUGUACUCCCGGCUGGAAUGGUCAGGAGAUUUCAGGGAUCUUCUUUGGCUGAACCCCAGUACAGUCAUCGCCGGAGGUGUUCGCAACAAUAUUCAGUUGUUGCGAUAUUUUUAUUUUAUUUAAUAAAGUUUGUUCAGAACUGUGUUUAUAUGAUUUCC